GCGCCAUGCUCUUAUCCGCGCGGCAGCCGCAGAGCUCCGCUCCACAUGGCCUCGUCUUCUCCGGCUUCUAUUCGGCACCGCCUCGACGAACUUCACUCGCCUUGUCGAGGCCCAGUGUAGUUCUCUGUAGGGCUUCUUACUUGGCGGCAGUGAACACAGAAACCGGACGAGGGAGUUCCUCUUGGGAUGAUCUCCGCUUGAGUUCCGACGGAGGGACCAGGUGCAUCAAACAGUCUGAUUUGUCUAAUUUUGACCCCUUGGGCCUUUACAAGGAGAGAACUUUGGGCCUUGGUUCUUUUUGGGAAAGUGUUCUUGAUUUCUUUUCCCUAACUUUUGAAAGCACAUCAAGCCCAAAGAAGGAUAGAUCUUCCUUAAAACGAGGUGCAGCAGCUGCAAUUGAGGACAGUUCCAUUGACAUUGGUGACUUCUUUAAGGGCCCUCUGCCAGGGAAAUUCUUAAAGCUGUUAGGGUAUUUAGCUUUAUCUCGUCUUGGAGUGUAUGUGCCACUAGGUGGAGUGAACCGUGAAGCUUUUGCUGGUAACUUGGAUCAAAACAGUCUAUUAAGCACCUUGGAUUCUUUCUCUGGUGGUGGAAUUGGUAGAUUGGGCAUCUGCUCUUUGGGUAUUGUUCCAUUUAUCAAUGCACAAAUUGUUUUCCAGCUUCUUACCCAGAUCUAUCCAAAGCUACAAGACCUCCAGAAAAGAGAGGGUGAAGCUGGAAGGAAGAAGGUUCUUCAGUAUACACGCUAUGCUUCUGUAGGUUUUGCAGUGGUUCAGGCUAUUGGGCAAGUACUUUUCCUCCGUCCAUAUGUCAACGACUUCAGUACAGAAUGGGCAGUAUCAUCAAUUGUGCUGUUGACCCUUGGAUCGGUAUUCACAACUUACAUAGGGGAAAGAAUAUCCGACCUCAAACUCGGAAAUGGAACAUCCCUUUUGAUAUUUACUAGCAUUAUAUCCUACUUGCCCGCAUCAUUUGGCAGAACAGUUGCACAAGCUUUUCAGGAUGGGAAUUACCUUGGACUAGCAGCAAUUAUCUUUUCAUUUUUUCUAUUGGUUCUUGGUAUCGUAUAUGUUCAGGAAGCAGAAAGAAAGAUUCCACUCAACUAUGCGUCGAGAUACACAACUGGGGGCCUUCAAAAAUCUGCAUAUCUUCCGUUCAAGGUAAAUAGCUCUGGGGUGAUGCCGAUAAUAUUUUCAACUUCGUCCUUGGCUUUACCUGGCACUUUGGCGCGCUUCACUGGUGUAACUGCUCUUAAGAAGGCAGCCCUUGCUUUGAACCCUGGAGGUUCCUUGUAUCUUCCCACCAACAUACUGCUUAUCGCCUUUUUCAACUACUACUAUACUUUUCUACAAUUGGAUCCUGAUGAUGUGAGUGAGCAGUUGAAACGCCAAGGAGCAUCAGUACCUCUAGUUCGACCUGGGAAAAGCACAUCUGCUUUUCUCAAAACUGUUCUUAGCCGGAUAUCAGUUCUGGGUUCAGCAUUUCUGGCAGUGCUAGCCGCCGGUCCUUCUGUGAUCGAACAAACUACACACUUGACUGCUUUCCGUGGAUUUGCUGGUACAUCCGUUCUCAUUCUCGUCGGAUGUGCGACCGAUACAGCAAGAAAAGUUCAAGCAGAAAUAAUUUCCCAAAAGUACAAAAACAUUGAGUUCUAUGAUAUCAACCAGUAGCAAGGUGAAUUUUCUUUUCAAGAACACAACGGUACCUAAAUCAAUAAUGUUGUAAUUAGUCUGCGAAAUAGAUGUUGUUAUCAAAUUUUGAUUGUCUAUGAAUUCUCUAAAUAUGAUAAUUUUUUAUCAUCAACUUAAAACUUUUCACUUC